AUGACGAACGCAACAACUGCUUCGAAAGAAGAAUCUCUGAAAGUGGCGACAAUGGCAGGAGACAAGAUCGUCGACGGCGACGCCGCUGGGAGCAUCCCCGUGGUCUUAGUUUCCAAGAGCGGCCGUCGCAUUUUCGUGGCUGAAUCUGAAACGGUUUCUCCCGAAGUGAAAUGGCAGCCCCAUCACCGCAAGUACCAUGACAAGGUCUUUGGCAUUCUCUACCUUCUCGCGAUGGUCUCCUUUUUCAUCACAGGAGGUGUCUUGCUAGCCAACGCUCAUCCACGUUACGAUUGGGUUGAAGUCAUCAACAACGGCGACAAAAACAACAAUACAGGAGUUCCCGCAACAGUCCGUGUCAUUUCGAGCCAUUUUCGCGCGGAUGUGGAAACUUGCUGUGCCAACAAGCUGUCCAGCGACGAAUAUUCGUUCGACUUGUGCUCUGAACUGAACGCCGAAACGGCCCUUCGUCGACGCCUUUCACAAACAAUUCGUGCUUUGCCCGAGAGUUCUACCGAUGAUGACUACCCGAAAGAUGACGACCUUUGGGAAGACAAUGCCGUGCGAACCUCCAAGUAUGAGUUUGGGGACGGAAUGUUUGAUGCUUUCUUGGAAGCCCCUGAAAUACCAAUCGCCGUUGCGCUCCUUGGGAUGACCAUGGCCAUUGUUUGGGCGGUCCUGCUUCGAUUCUUCAGUAUUCCCAUUGUGUACGCCACAGAAGUUGUUAAAGUUGCCUUGUUUCUGUACUUGUCUGUGCGGGUGCUUGUCGAGGGACUUGUUGGUGCCGCCGUGGUCGCGUUCUUCUGCGCCAUGACGAUUGUGGCGUGGGACAUCUACACCUUCAAAAAGCUGAAGUUUGCUGGCAAAGUGUUGCGUCGAGCCGCAAAAUCUCUCAAACGAAAUGCAACCAUGUUCUUCGCCUUUCUACCAAUUCUCUUCCUCUAUGCCGGCCAAGCCUACCUCUUUGUCCUCUUCUUUGCAAGAUCUUUCGAAGUUGUGGCAGUCAAGCACAAUCAAAUCUGCCGCACGUUGACUUCGGGGGCUCAAUCCUGUCAGUCCUCCUGUGAGUAUGAAUCUCCGGCAUACACUACACCAAUUGUUGCGUACUUGAGUCUUUGUUACCUCUGGUCCAUCGGGCUCUUUCAUAUGAUGCGACUGUCAAUCAUUGCUGCUGUGAUCGGAUCAUCCCACUUCCAUCCUGGCGACAAAGAGCCCGGGUUGAUGCGAGCCAUUAUCAACACUUGCACAACCUCGAUGGGAAGUCUGUCAGUGGCUUCACUUAUCUCGGCCAUCGCCGACAAACUCAAUCGAAUGCUUCUGACCGAAACUUUGUGGACGCAGUGCUGCAAUCCAGUCUUUUGGGUGAUCCUGCCAAUUUAUUGUGUCUUUGGUGUCUGCUUACGCACGCUGAUUGCAAUGUUGACAAAAUUCAGUGUCAUUUUGCAUGUGUUUACAGGCAAGAGUUGGAUGGGGUCUGCACGAAAGGUCUCCAAGAUUUUGAAGCGUCACUUUAAGGGCGGUUUUGUCACUGAAUACGCCAGCCGUAGCGUCCUCACCCUGGGGUCGUACGUGUUCAGCAUUGUCCUGUACUUUGUCGCCUGGGUUUGGCUUGACGCAGAGUUCAAAACAGAUACAUUCAUUGGAGUCAACGAAGAAACGCUCAUGGUUGUGGGUUGGCUCUUUUUUGCUCUCUUCAAUAUCUGGUACCCUGUGCUUGGCCUGUAUGUUCUGAUCCUCACCAAUAGUUGGUUGUCAAAGUGGGAUGGAUUGGACCCAGCCUAUUGGGUAUCCCCCAUGGCGGCGACUUUCAUUGCCUGCUUGGGUAUGAUGUUCUUCUCUUACCUGGGAGGGGUCUUUCUCGAUACAGUGGACGUUCUGUUCCUGUGCUUUGCCAUUGACAAGGACAACUGUGUGGAUGUUUCCAGCGAUGAGUUUGCCGCGCUUGUAGCCGAAGGCGUCCCAACUUUUAUUGAGACUCCCGAAGAAUCACUCCACAAUGCCGACGAGGAGAAUCCAAUCCAGGUUGCAAAAAUCGAACCAAUCCCACCACCCGGUCAAUAG